UGGCGCGCUGGGCGAAGCAGCAGCAACAAAAAGGCUCCGGGGAAACUUUCCUCUCAGGCUGAGGCUUCCCGCGCUUCCACCUGUGGAGCUGCCGCCGCCGUCGCCGAACAAUCCCCGGGGGACGAAGAUGGGCUGCUGCUGCUGCUCCUCCUCCUGGCAACUGGCGCUCCUGGCUUCGCUGCUCUUCGCCGUGGCGGACGGCCAGCUCCGAGGUUUAUUUCCUGCCAUUUUAAACCUUGCUAGCAAUGCUCAUAUCAGCACCAAUGCUACUUGCGGUGAAAAGGGCCCUGAGAUGUUUUGUAAACUUGUGGAGCAUGUUCCAGGUCGGCCCCUACGCAAUGCGCAGUGUCGGAUCUGUGACCACAAUAGUGCAAAUUCCAAAGAACAACACCCUAUCUCAAAUGCUAUAGAUGGUACUAAUAACUGGUGGCAAAGUCCUAGCAUUCAGAACGGAAGACAAUACCAUUGGAUAACCAUAACUCUGGAUUUAAGACAGGUCUUUCAAGUUGCCUAUGUGAUCAUCAAAGCUGCUAACGCUCCCCGACCUGGAAACUGGAUUUUGGAACGUUCUCUGGAUGGGACUGAUUUCAAGCCAUGGCAGUAUUAUGCAGUUAGUGAUACUGAGUGCCUAGUAAGAUACAACAUAACACCAAGGCUUGGGCCUCCUACAUAUAAGAGAGAUGAUGAAGUUAUCUGCACUUCUUAUUAUUCUAAGCUAGUCCCACUUGAACAUGGAGAGAUCCAUACAUCGUUGAUCAAUGGUAGACCUAGUGCUGAUGACCCUUCACCAACAUUAUUGGAGUUUACUUCUGCACGGUACAUCCGGCUUCGAUUACAACGUAUAAGAAACCUUAAUGCGGACCUCAUGACCCUUAGCCACCAUGAUCCUAAAGAUCUUGAUCCUAUUGUUACCAGAAGGUACUACUAUUCAAUAAAGGACAUCUCUGUUGGAGGGAUGUGCAUUUGCUAUGGCCAUGCUCGAAGCUGUCCUUUGGAUCAAGUCACAAAGAAGCUUCAGUGCCAGUGUGAGCACAAUACUUGCGGUGAGAGCUGUAAUGAGUGUUGCCCUGGCUACCACCAGGCCCCGUGGAGACCAGGAACCAUUUCUGCUGGCAACAAAUGUGAGAGAUGCAACUGUCAUAACAAAGCAGAAGAUUGUUAUUAUGAUCAGAGUGUGGCAGAUCAGAAAAGAAGUUUAAACAUUCACGGCCAGUUCAAAGGUGGCGGAGUGUGUAUAAACUGCACUCAGCACACCACUGGAAUAAACUGUGACAUGUGUACUGACGGUUACUAUAGGCCACAUAAAGUGUCUCCCUUUGACGAUAACCCUUGCUUUCCCUGUGAAUGUGAUAUAUUUGGGUCCCUUGGUUUUGACUGUGUUAAGGAUGAUGAUCAUGCUGACCCACAACAUGGUGUUCAGCCUGGUCAGUGUCACUGCAAGGAAGGUUACGCAGGAGAGAAGUGUGAUCGCUGUGCCUUCGGCUACAAAGGUUAUCCAAGCUGCAUGCGUUGCAACUGUAGCCUGGUUGGUAGCAUUAAUGAUGACCCAUGCACAGAACCUUGCCUUUGUAAAGAAAAUGUUGAAGGAGAAAACUGUGACCGUUGCAUGCCAGGAUUCUAUAAUCUCCAAGAAAGAAAUCCCCAGGGCUGCACUGAAUGUUUCUGUUUUGGGGUUUCUGAUGUCUGUGAAAGCCUUCCAUGGCCCAUCAGUCAGGUGUCUUCUAUGGCUGGGUGGCUGGUGACUGCUCCACUUACCACAAAAACCAUACAGCCUCAACAAGAUCAGUUUGAUGGACCUCAUCAAAUAAGUAUUAAUAAUAUAGCAGCUGCAAAAAUACUGAAGUCUCCUUAUUACUGGUCUGCACCCAAGCCAUAUCUUGGAAAUAAACUCACUUCCUUUGGUGGUUAUUUGAAGUAUACUGUGUCCUAUGAAAUUCCCAUGGACAGUACGGAUAGUGAUUUGGUAUCUAAUGUGGAUGUUAUUGUUCAGGGCAAUGGACAAAUUUUAUGUACAAGAUCUGAAGGGUUGUCUUUGCAACCAUAUGAGGAGUAUUCCAGCACUGUACGACUUGUGUCUGAAAACUUCGUUGAUUUUAAUACGAAGAAAUUAAUAGAUCGAGAUGUGCUGAUGACAGUUUUGGCAAAUGUUACCCAUCUUCUGAUCAGGGCCAGUUACAACAUUGCAAAAAAGGCUGUAUACAGGUUGGAUUCUGUCACUUUGGAUACAGCAAAUGCUAAUCUCAUAGAUGUGUCUUCAGCUGCAGAUGUGGAAUAUUGUGAAUGUCCCCAAGGCUACUCUGGGAUUUCUUGUGAGUCCUGCCUUCCUGGCUACUACCGAGUAGGUGGCAUACUUUUUGGAGGGAUUUGCCAGCCAUGUGAUUGCCAUGAUCAUGCAACGGAAUGUGACAUUCAUGGUGUUUGUGUUGCUUGCAAGCACAACACUACAGGGAGUUAUUGCGAUCAGUGUUUGCCUGGGUUCUAUGGGACGCCAUCCAGGGGGACUCCAGAGGACUGUGAGCCGUGCGCCUGCCCACUGAAAACUGCUUCAAAUAAUUUCAGUCCUACCUGUCACUUGGAUAAUGGAGGUGACGUUAUCUGUGAUAAAUGUCCUCCGGGUUAUGCAGGAGCCAAGUGUGAAAGAUGUGCAAAUGGCUACUAUGGUGAUCCUUUGGUCCUUGGGCAGUCCUGUGUUCCUUGUGACUGCAAUGGCAAUGUAGAUCCCACGGAAGACGGCCACUGCAAUUCCCUAACAGGAGAGUGUCUGAAGUGCAUUGGGAAUACUGUGGGACAACACUGUGAAAGCUGUGCUGAUGGGUAUUACGGGGAUGCAGUGAUCAGCAAAGACUGCCGUGAGUGUGGGUGCCAUGUGAAUGGCUCCAUUUCCAGUGUCUGCCAUCCGAAGACUGGUUUGUGCCAAUGCAAAGGAAAUGUGGUGGGACUCCGAUGCGAUAAGUGUUUGCUUGGAUAUUACGGCCUAAGUAGCGGACUUGGCUGCCGUCCCUGCAACUGCAGUAAAGCUGGCUCAACUGCUGAGGACUGUAAUGAUGAAGGACAAUGUCUCUGUGUGCCAGGAGUAGCUGGGGAGAAGUGUGAUCGCUGCGCUCAUGGCUUUUAUGCAUUCCGGGACGGUGGCUGCACACCUUGCAAUUGUGCUCAUACGCAUGAUGUUUGUGAUGGAGAUUCUGGAAGAUGCAUCUGCCCCCCUCAUACUGAAGGAGAAAAAUGUGAACUAUGUGAGGAGAACUUCUGGGGUCUUGAUCCAGAGAAUGGGUGCAAGGCCUGCAAUUGCAGUGAUAUAGGUUCAGUCAGUCUCCAGUGUGACCAGCUGACUGCUCAAUGUCAGUGUAAGAAUGGAUACGGAGGAGACAGCUGCGCUAUCUGUGCUUUGGGGUAUAGAGACUACCCAGAUUGCAUUCCUUGUGAUUGUGACUUGCGGGGCAGCAAAGUAGACAUGUGUGAUCAAAAUCAAGGAAUCUGCAACUGUGAAGAGGAAACUGGUGCAUGUGUCUGCAAGGAGAAUGUGAUUGGAUUGCAUUGCAGUGAAUGCAAACCUGGGACGUUUGCUCUUCAUGCCACUAAUGCUUUGGGAUGCAUCUCAUGCUUUUGCUCUGGGAUGUCAGAGUCGUGUUCAGAAGUAGAAGACCAUGUGAGAGUUCCAGUCACCCUGUCUCUGCAGCAGACUGUUCUGUAUGUGGUUUCUCACAGUAACCUCACUGGAACCAGUGAAGGUGUAUUUUCCCAGUUCCCUGAUAUCUUAAUGGAUGUCAAAGCAGUCCGACAACACUUGAAUACAGAACCUUUUUACUGGAAAUUGCCGGAUCAGUUCCAGGGAGAUCAGCUCAUGGCAUAUGGUGGAAAAUUGAAAUACUCAGUAGCUUUUUAUGCUUUGGAUGGCGUUGGAACCUCAAACCUUGAACCACAAAUCUUAAUGAAAGGGGGUCGCACCAGUAAACAAGUCAUCUAUGUGGAAAUUCCUGCUCCAGAGAAUGGAGUAAGACAAGAUGAAGAAAUAGAAAUGACAGAGAGUGCCUGGAAAUAUUUUAAUUCGGUGUCUGAUGAAUCUGUUUCUCAUUCUGACUUCAUGUCAGUGCUGAGCAAUGUUGAGUACAUCUUGAUAAAGGCAUCGUAUGGUCAAGGAUUACAACAAAGCAGAAUCUCAAAUGUCUCUAUGGAAAUUGCUAUGAAAGCUGACGAGAUGCCCUUGAUUAAGGAAGUGGCUCAUCUCAUCGAGAAAUGUAUAUGCCCUGAAGGUUAUGCAGGCCUCUCAUGCCAGGACUGUGCACAAGGAUACUACAGAGAGAAACAGUAUUUGGACAAGUCUGCAAACCUUAAAGCCUUCCUCUCAUUCAUCCCACCUUGCGUGCCAUGCAGAUGCAACAACCACAGUGAUGUUUGCAACCAAGAAACAGGAAAGUGUUUGGACUGCAGAGAUAAUACAGCUGGCGACCAGUGCAGUGUUUGUGCUCCAGGCUAUUACGGCAAGGUGAUUGGAUCUGUCAAUGAUUGUUCUCUGUGUGCAUGUCCAAGAAUGAGCCCAGGGAGCUUUAGUUCCACAUGCAUUAUGAAAGGUGUGAGCGAUUUCUACUGCAAUGCUUGCAUCACUGGAUAUGAAGGGCAAUACUGUGAAAGGUGUUCUCCAGGUUAUUAUGGCAAUCCUAAAGCACCUGGUGGCUACUGUCAGCAGUGUCAGUGCAACCCAAACGGUUCUGUUCACAAUAAUUGUGAUCAUAUCUCUGGGCAAUGCAUCUGCAAACAAGGUGUAACAGGGCAGCUGUGUGAUGAGUGUGAAUCAAGGCACAUUCUCGUGGAAAAUGAAUGUGUUGCUUGUGAUGACGACUGCACAGGAUUGUUAUUAAAUGAUUUGGACAAACUAGAUGAAGCCAUGCUUUUGGUAAACCUUACUGGCCCUGUCCUGGUGCCCUAUGGGAUACUUGCAGACUUGGAAAAUGCCACAAAGCAUUUAAAGGAGUCGUUUUGGACUAAGAAAGAACCAACCUCCUCAACAGAAAUCAUGAAUGACCAUCUUGUAACCCUUUCAGGUGAUACAGACCAGCUGCACAGAGAGCUAACUAGGAUAUUAGAAAGAGGAGGGCUUCUCCAUGAUGCUGCGGAAAGGACCUUGAACAAGAGUCGAGAGUUGGCUAUAUUUAUCAACACAUUACAGGCAACUGUUAAAGUACUUGGGGAAGUGGCAGCAUCCCUUAAUGAAACAUUAGGUAUGGAUUUCCCUUUGUCAAACAGGACAUUUCAAGAACUGGAAGAUGAGAUCCCUGUCAUGUUGGAUGUAAUGCGUGGAAGAUAUUUCAAGCAGAUGUACCAAGACAGUAAUCUUGAGUUAAAAGCGGCAGAACGCUUGUUGCUACUAAUCCAGAAAGAGUAUGGGAGACCACAGCAGGAAUUUAAGAACUUACAAAAAACUGCAAAACACAUAUUAUCAAACCACAGCACCAGACUUCAGGAAGCCAAGGAUCUUGUGAACGAGGCUACAACUAACACAAAUGAAACCAUGCGGCUGCUUUUUCUUAUUAACAGCAACCUCAAGGAAUACACUCAAACAAAGCUGAAUGUUCAAGAAAAGAAGGAACUCUCGGUUAUGCUGACCAGAGAAGGCAAAGUACAGGUGGAUGCAGCUGCUGCACUUGCUAAAGAUGUAAUUAACUCUACAUCUAGUCUAGAAAUCCACCGGGAUGGACUGGUCCUAUGGAAUGGCAAACUAAGGCAGCAUGUGGAUGACCUGGUCAUGCAGAUGUCCACUCGAGGGGCUGUGGAUUUGGUUUACAGAGCGGAAGAACGUGCAGCUGAGUUACAGAGAGUUGCUCGUGCACUAGACAGUGGUCUCCUGAAUGUUAGGAAUGUGUCCUUGAAUGCAACAAAUGCUGUCUCUGCGUUUUCCACCAUUAAAAGUUUGGUUGAAAGUGCAGCGAAUCUUGCAGGAGAUGCCUACAGGAUUAUAACAGAUGUGCCAAAAGAAACUUUUAAUUCUACUGGGAAAAACAUUCUCCAGCUUGGCUCCAAGUUUUUGGCUGAAGCAAAAAGUUUGCACAAGAAGUAUGAAGGGCUUACAUCUGGAUUAAAUGAGAUGAACAUAAAAGUGGAAAAACUUAAAGAGAAAGCUAGUGGAUUUGCUAAGCAGUUUAAUGGCUCACUGUUGCAACUGAUUGCAUUGCCAAAUGAUACCAGUGAAAAUAUUCUCGCUGUAAGAGAGCUGGCAGUGUCUGCUAAUACAACUGCUCUUAAUGGUUUAAGGCACACUGGGGUUUUUAGUGAGAAGUUCCUGAACACUUCAUUCACAUUGUCUAAGGUUAAUGAGACAUUGCGGAAAACCAAUGAACUUAUAAUCGACUCAUCAAAAGCUGCAGCGUCAGCUGAAAGAAAAGUGAAUGAAGUUGAAAUCCAGGCCGGCCUCCUGUUUGGUAGGCUGAAGCCUCUGAAAGUGCUGGAAGAGAACCUCAGCAGAAACAUCUCGGAAAUUAAAGAGCUCAUCAGUCAAGCCCGUAAACAGGCCGCCUCUAUUAAAGUCGCUGUGUCUGCAGAAAGAGACUGCAUUCGUGCUUAUCAGCCCCAGAUACUGUCUACGAACUAUAAUACAUUAACAUUAAAUGUUAAAACAACUGAACCUGAUAACCUCCUGUUUUACCUGGGUAGCAGUGGUAAAGCUGAUUUCAUGGCAGUGGAGAUGCGACGUGGGAAGGUGGCCUUUUUGUGGGAUAUGGGCUCUGGAUCAACAAGGCUGGAAUACCCUGACUUUUCCAUUAACAACAACAAAUGGCACAGAAUACAUGCUACAAGGUUUGGAAGAACUGGCACUCUGAGUGUAGAGGAGGCAAACGCUUCUCAGAAGCCCUUUAUGAGAACUGCCACCUCAUCUGGGACAGCUACAGUACUGGAUGUAAACCAAUCAACACUCAUGUUUAUUGGUGGACUUGGAGGACAAAUAAAGAAAUCACCUGCCAUUAAGGUUACUCAUUUUAAGGGAUGCAUGGGGGAAGCAUCCUUGAAUGGCAAAUCUGUUGGACUUUGGAACUAUGUGGAGAGGGAAGGCAAGUGCAAUGGAUGCUUUGGAAGCCCACAGGAUGAAGACACUUCAUUUCACUUUGAUGGGAGUGGAUAUUCAGUGGUGGAGAAGUCACUUCGCUCCACUGUGACCCAAAUCAUAGUAUUUUUCAGCACCUUCUCGCCAAAUGGGCUCUUAGUGUACCUGACUUCUAAUGGCACAAGGGAUUUCUUGUCUCUGGAGCUUGUGGAUGGCAAAGUUAAGCUAACUGUUGAUCUUGGUUCAGGUCCUCUUACCCUUAAAACAGAAAGCCGCUACAAUAAUGGAACAUGGUAUAAAAUUUCAUUCACCCGAAACAAAAAAGAAGGGAUUUUGGCAGUCAUGGAUGCUUAUAACCUGAGUUCUAAAGAAACCAAGCAAGGAAUAUCCCCUGGUACAGCCUCUGACCUGAAUCGUUCCGAUAAGGAUCCUAUUUACAUUGGCGGGUUACCGCGAUCAAGGGCAGUAAGGAAAGGGCUUAACAGUAGAAAAUAUGUGGGAUGUAUUAAGAACUUGGAAAUAUCCCGUUCCACAUUUGAUUUGCUUAAAAACUCAUACGGUGUGAGGAAAGGCUGCAUUCUGGAGCCCAUACACAGUGCUAGUAUCUUGAGCAAUGGCUAUAUUGAGUUGCUGCCCAAACCCCUGUCAGCAGAAUCAGAACUUAUGGCCACUUUUGCUACAAAGAAUGCCAGCGGCAUCAUCCUCGUUGGGCUAAGUAAAGGCGCAGAAAAGCGAAGGCGCAGGCAAGCCCACCAGCCCUUUUUCUCCAUCAUGUUGGUCAAUGGUCAUUUGGCAGUGCAUGUCAAUGCCGGGGACAGAGCAAGUACAAGAAAGGUCCUCGUUGAGCCUGCUAAUGGAACUUACAGCGAUGGGCGAGAACAUUCGGUCAUCCUGACUCGGAAUAAGAGGAUUAUAACUGUCCAGGUGGAUGAAAGUAGCCCUGCAGAAAUUAGGCUUGGCCCAUUGGCAGAAACUAGGCCAAUGAAUAUAUCCAACUUCUUCAUUGGUGGGAUUCCUGCAGGAGAAGGCAUUUUAGGACUAAAGAUGGCAGGCUCUUUCUAUGGCUGUAUAACCAACUUGAUAUUUAAUAUGGAACUUCUGGAUUUCACCACUGCAGUGAGGUAUGAAGGUGUUGAUAUGGAUAGUUGCUUCCUUUGGGAGAGGCCUAGGCCUACCAGCCAGCCAGAAGACAUUGAGAUCCUUCCUGAGAUGCAGAUGAUGCCAAUUUCUUACAGGCCUCUUGCAGAAAUUAAGAAAAAACCUUGUGCAGAGGAUGAAAUACUGAAGUAUGUUUCUGGCGCUCAUCAGUUUGGCCUUGCAAGGAACAGUCACUUGAUGCUUCUUUUCAAUCAGUCCACUGUAAGAAAAAAGCUUUCUGUGCAGUUGAACCUCAGGACUUUUGCUUCUAGUGGCCUGAUAUAUUACAUGACUCACCAAAAGCAGGUCGAUUAUGCAGCCCUUCAGCUACAAGGGGGAAAGCUUUAUUUUUCAUUUGAUCUUGGAAAGGGUCGGGCAGUAGCCUUUCAUGGAGCAAUCGUCAGUGAUGGGAAAUGGCAUACGGUGAAGACAGAGUAUACUAAAAGGAAAGGUGUUGUCAUAGUUGAUGGGCAGGAAUCUGCAGCUGUAAAUGUUCCGGGAGAUGGAAACACAUUGGAUGUGGAUGGGAAGCUGUACCUAGGGGGACUACCCUCGGCUUAUGCAGCCAAGAAAAUGGGAAAUAUUACUCACAGUAUCCCAGCAUGCAUUGGUGGAGUAACCAUUAAUAGCAAACAAAUGGACAAAGAGAGCCCAGUCUCAAAUUUUGCUGUGAAUAAAUGUUACGUUGCAGCCCAGGAAGGAACGUUUUUUGAUGGAAGUGGUUUUGCUGCCCUUGUUAAGGAAGGCUACAAAGUCCGAUCUGACGUUAAUGUUACAUUUGAGUUCCGCACCACAGCUCUCAAUGGAGUUCUUCUGGGAAUUAGUAGUGCUAAAGUAGAUGCCAUUGGAUUGGAAAUAGUUAAUGGCAAGGUUUUAUUCAGUGUCAACAACGGAGCUGGUAGAAUAACAGCUACCUAUGAGCCCAAAGGCACAACUGGUCUGUGUGAUGGACUGUGGCAUAAACUCCAAGCAAACAAAAGCAAGCAUCGUAUUGCUUUGAUAGUUGAUGGAAACUUGGUUCAGACUGACAAUCCACAUACACACUCCACCUCUGCAGAUACGAACAACCCUAUUUAUGUUGGAGGAUAUCCUGCUGAUGUAAAACAAAACUGCUUGACCAGUAAGAGCUCAUUCCGAGGGUGUUUGAGAAACCUUAUGCUGCUUAAAAGCCAACAGGCAGAAGCCUUUGACUUCACUGAAGCCUUUGACCUGCAUGGAGUUUUUCCACAUUCCUGCCCUGGGGCUGAAUAGUGAACGGUCCAUCUUUAGAUGUUUCAUCUGUUUUUAAUGGAGGGAAAAUGUUUUAAAUGAUAAUCCUGGUCUCAGCAAUAUCCAUGUAUUUUCCAACUCAGGACAACUGUUUUUAACCAGAACCUCUACGAUACCACAUUUAAUUUUUAAAGUCUCUUUGUACAACAGAUACCUCUACUAAAAUGUUAACAGCAUUGAGUACUGGUUUUCAUUUUGGGUGAAAUUUGUUUCUUUCUCUCCUCACCCCCACCCAAAGUGUUUACAGUGUAUCUUCUGCUGAUUUGUUGUGAGAGUAUUUCAUUUGGCGUAUAUUGGUUUUUCUAUAAUAAAGCUAUAAAAUGGG